AUGAGUGACGAUCAAGCAAAACAGGACCCCACGGAUUAUGGGCCUCGCAUCUGUCCUCCAGGCUUCUCCGAUCACUCGUUCAAGACCGACAGCGGCGUAGAGCUCGCUGUCCGAAUCUGGCCCGCUGAUCCUCCCGUUGACAAGCCAGCUCCAGUUGUGGUUUACACCCACGGUGGCGGCUGGUUUGCUGGAAACCACUUUGCGCCGCUUCCAUGGAUGCAACCUGGCUUUCGCCAGCGAGGCCACCAUAUGGUAUCUCACAACUACCGACUUGGUCCGCAGGCGAACUAUGAAAUGCAGCUGCAGGACUCUAUGGAUGCCUUGAGUUGGUGCCGGGCCAAUCUCCCAUCCAUACUCGGCACAGACUCAGUAGACAUGAACCAGCUGAUCCUCUGUGGUGAGUCAGCCGGCGCACUUCUCACUGGCCUCAUGGGACACCAUCUAUCUCCACCGCCAAAGGCUGUUAUUCUUGUGUAUGGGGCAGUUGAUCCAGCAGCAGCGUGGCCCAUUCUAGCCCCGGUCCCCGAGAACUCUGCCGACACGCCGGCAUGGGUUGGCGAGUUCUCUGAUGCUGAGCUCGAGGAAUUCCUAAAGGACCGAGAUGAAUCUAACAUGUUAACGGAUGCGCUAUGGGCUGAUGAGAAUAAGACUACGUCCGAGCAGGCGCUGAGUAAACUCUGGGCGACGGAUGUCCGCUUCACGCGUCGCAUACGACUUCAGGCGGAGCUUCACCAGUGGCGAUCUGACAUAACUGCGCGUGUCGGUUCUACUAUCAGGUCGUUUCGCCUAGGCUCGAUACAUGCUGAGCGCUUUGCGGAUGAAGCUGCCCUGGCUGCGUUUCUGCUAUCUAUGUCACCAUCUCCGCUUCUCGAGACGAAGACAUGGUAUCCACCAACGGCUUUCCUGCAUGGCAUGGCUGAUAGAGCUGCUCCACUUUCACAAAGCCAGGCAAUGGCUGAGCGUCUCAAGGCGAUGGAGGUACCGGUCGUUGAAAGUUACGAGCCUAAUGAAGACCAUUGUUUCGAUCACAAGUAUACUGUGAGUAAACCUUGCCAGGCAUCCUGCUAG